AGGUUCAGUCAGUUAUUGAUUCUUUAAACUCAGUUUUGUUGGAAACUCAUUCGUCAACGGAAGAACGAUGGGGUGAACAGAGAAUGACUUCGUAUGGCAAAAUAUUCAUAAAGAAAACUUUUGAAAAACUUAUCAACGAGCUCAAAGCCCAGAAGAAACUUCCUGCCUUGGUAUUUAGCGAUGAUCGUAAACUCUGCGAAGUUUUGGCCCUCGGUUAUGCUCAGAAACUAGAAAACAAGGAACUAGUUAUGCGAAGAGAGGCCGACACACGAGAAGCAAGACUUGCACAGAAGAGACAAGAAAAAGCUGAAAAAAAGUUACAGAGAAAAAGAGAUGAAUCACAGAAAGAAAAAGAGAAAAAAUUAAACAGCCAACCGGAUGAGCAAGAUGAGAGGGGUUCUAUUUCAGCCGUGAAUGAAAUUCUACCAGAGUGCUCAUUGGCAUUUACAUUUGGGAUUGGAAAAGAGGAUUACGAAGAGAUAAUCAAAAGAAUCUGGUUCAUCUCUGACAAAUCGUUAUUCAAGCGGGCUCUAAAACGAGGAAUCAGCUAUCAUCAUAGCGGAUGUAAUGCCAAAAAGCGCUCGGUGGUAGAAAUGUUGUUCAGAGGCAAAUACCUUCAGGUGGUUAAUUCAACUUCAACGUUGGCUCUUGGUAUUCACAUGCCUUGUAAGACAGUCGUGUUUGCUGGAGACUCGCCCUACUUAAAUUCACUGCAGUACCGGCAGAUGUCUGGUAGGGCGGGUCGGAGAGGUUUCGAUCCCGUGGGAAAUGUCAUUUUCUUCGGAAUUCCUUACCGUAAAGUGCAACGCCUGAUGACUGCAAAUAUCCCGAAGCUUGUCGGCAACUUCCCCAUCACUGUUUCAUUGGUUCUGCGAUUGCUUUUGAUGACGACCCAGGCAGAUGACAAGGAAGAUGCCCUCACUAAGGCCCUAGUAUUGCUGUCUAAUCCUUUUAUUUGCCGAAAGUACCCGUUAAUGGAAACCCAGAUCAAGCUACAUUUCCUCUUCAGCGUUGAACUUUUAACUAGACUGUCUCUUAUAAACAAAGAAACCGGAGCUCCACAGGAAAUGGCCGGACUGGCAACCCAUCUUCACUACCAUGAACCCUCCAAUUAUGCCCUGGUCAGUUUUCUACGAUGUGGUCUCUUCCACAAGCUGUGUAAGCCAAGGAAAAACGGUAAAUUUUCCGAAGAUGUUAUGAGGAAAAUGGUGCUUGUUUUAAGCCACUUAUUUGGAAGAACUUGUGUUCAUCCUUCCGUCAUGCUGAGGAGUCCGUCUUCUUCAAAAGUAAUUUUGGAGGAUCUACCGAAUGAAUUUGUCAAGGCAGUCAAAAGCUACAACCGUCAAGUCACCGAUGUGUUCAGUCAGUACCUUGCCACAGUGGCUCAGUGGCUGGAAAAAGACAGAGGAGAGGAUAACAAACUCCCUUUAUCAGGAAUAGAAUUUCCUACAAAAGCCAGCACUGAUGACAUUGACGACAACGAUAUGAUCAAAGUCCUAGCGAACUCUUCUGUACAGUAUUCAGCUUGUUCCUCUUUCGCUGCGCUAUCAGGAAAUACAGACUUACAGUUACAAAACACCAGCCAAAGAACAGAUGACCAAAGUGAAGAUGAGUUUAACACUGAUGAUGAAGAAUGGAAGGAAGAGCCACUUAAAUAUUUGCUCACGAUCAUUCGUCAGGAUGUCUACACGGACAUGAAUCUUGUACCCAUUCUCCCAGUCAAGAGUAAGCUACCUUUAAAUGCUUAUGCUUUGGAUUUUUUCAAGCAUGGAUCCUCCAUAGUCAUUGAGAACGAAAACGGAAUGCAAGCUGGCGAUGUUUACAAUGCUCUCAAGGAGUUUUACCUCACAAUUAAGUCAAUCAGUUGUUCACUGAAAGAACUGGGUCCUGAAACUGACAAUGUAGUUUUGGCUUUUAACCAGCUGGCACAGGAGUACGGAAAGAAGUUCAAAGAGGAGUUUGAAUAUGGAGCAUAAGAAAUUACAAAUUCAAGCGGUUUAGUUUUAAAUUUUAAAGAUGGUUGAUUGACUUUGUUUCUCAUAAGACUGGUUCAUAGACUCUUAUAAUUUGAAUUACUGAUAAACUUAAAGAUUAAAA